UUUGUGCCUGCCGACGCGCCUCUCCUGUGCAGCCCCCCUCAAGAAGAGCUUUUUUUAUGAAAAGAAACCUUGGAAUUUUUUGAAAGGCAGAAGGAUCUGCAUAAUACCAGUGAAGUGGAUAAAAGCGCACGGCUGGGUUCUUUUUUGCGUUCUCCCUUGCGUUUUCUCCUCUGGUGUCUGAAUAAAACUGGGAGGCAGAUAUAUGGGGGAGCGGAACGGCGCAGGUUCUGCUCUGGGAGUCGACCUGUCAGCGUGAAUUUGAGUAAACACGUUUUGCCUUAACUUUUAUUUCUUCACAAACUGGCGAGCUCCACUCCACUCCUCCUGCACCGCGGAGUUCGUUUUUCUCGGAACGAAGAGACUUUGGUGUUUUCUCCCCCCUUCAGAGAAACUGCCUAAACUUUCUACGUUUAAAAAAAUAAAUAAAAAGAUCGGAUUGCAUUUUCCCCCUUCAAACAUUUUGGAGGUGAUGUCAUCGUGCUGUGUUUUGGCAGGUAUUGUGUCGAGAGGGCGCAGGGAGGACUGCUGCAGCCAGGCGGUCACCAGCGGUUAAGCAGAGCGGGGAAGUCCGGAAAAUCAGGUGCAAAGUGCGGCUGUCAUUUCCUCGCCGUGUCGCGGGUGGCUGAGUCCGCCACCCAGUCACAGCUGUUCCCAUCCUCUCCAGCAGCCACCCCUCCCACCCUCGUCUUUCUUCCCCCUUCAGUAUCCCCUCCUGUUCUCAUUCAGGACCCUGAGUAUAUCCCUCUGAGCUGGACCGCUUCGGGAGCGCAUCGCUCUGUUUUUCUGUCCGGUGUGAGCUGAGCUGCCCGCCCGCAGAGCCAGCAGCGCGGGGACGCAGACAUGACCGAGGCCGUCGUGCGUUCCCCUGCGCCCGCAGAGCCCCCUUCUCCUGCAGGUCUCCGUCUCCUCCAUCAGCCAGCCCAGGUAGCCCACCGUCAACAGCUUCUGACCACGCACUGCUGGGACUGAAUUACCUGCUGCUUUUGUCAGGGUCAAACACUGCUCUCCCAUCCUCACCGAGAACAGAAACCCUCGCUGUUUGCGCUCAAACAUUUUUACGCACUGGAUUUACGCACGUGCCGCAUCUGUCCGCGCGGCGAAGCAUCCCUCCAGGGGGUCAUCCAGGUCAUCCAGGUCCAUCAUCCAGGUCCAUCAUCCAGGUCCAUCAUCCAGCUCGAUCCGUGUUGGGUAUCUGUGACGCGUGAGCGCGCUUUCACCUGUUUCUCUCCCUGCCGGGCACGCGCAGCGCCAGCCUUCUAAGCCCCCCCAUCAUCCCCAUCAACAGCUGUUAAAGGUUGCCAGGCGGUCAGUUCCCCCAGUGGUCCCACCUCUGCCCACACCGGGGACACCGGGAUCACACCGCUGCCGAUGCCAACAGGAGUGGCCGCUAUCUCUUGGACUCUUCACAACAUCCCCCGGACUCUCCGGACUGUCGGCCUGGCUCAGACCCAGCGAGGAGACUGUCUCUGGGCCAAGUUUCAUAGUGGAGGGGGGAAGCAAUGUUGCCCCUUCUUUCCACGUUGACCGUCUUAUGUAUCCAGAUGUUGCUUGUGAUGUGCAAUCCAUUGCAGCAGGUGCUCGGUGUGGAUGGAGUCAACUUCAGCGUGCAUGUGGAGAAUCAGACACAGGUGCGAGACACCAUGAGCCGGAGACACCACCGAGUCUACCAGCUGUACAGCCGCACCAGUGGCAAGCAUGUCCAGGUGCUGGGACGCAGGAUCAGCGCCAGAGGAGAAGAUGGAGACAAAUAUGCCCAGCUUGUAGUGGAGGCAGAUACCUUUGGUAGCCAGGUGAGAAUCCGGGGCAAAGAGACCAACUUCUACCUGUGCAUGAACCGGCGGGGCAAGCUGGUUGGAAAGAAGGCCAGUAACCGAAGCGCUGACUGCGUCUUUGUGGAAAAGGUUCUGGAAAACCACUACACAGCUCUGAUGUCUGCGCGCUAUGACUGGUAUGUUGGCUUCACUAAAAGAGGCCGUCCUCGCCGUGGCCAAAACACGCGCGCCAACCAGCAGGAUGUACACUUCAUGAAACGCUUCCCGCCUGGAGAGCAGCCUGACCUCACCACCCCCUUCCGCUUCACCACCAUCAGCAAGCGGGGAAAGAGGGUGCGUGCUGCUGGGCCCCGCUAGUAGUGGCUAACGCUGGCACCCACUGUCUUGUUGUCCGAAGCCUUGACCUGAGCCCUGCCAAUGGCUAACCCAGUCAUCUCCUACGUCACGCAUGACUGAACAUCUGCCUUUGUUGGGACAAAUAUUGACCAGAAGCUUGAUGAAUCAUUCAAGGGGUUUAGUUUUACGCACCCUGAUUUACCACUACGAGCUCCUAGUUAGUGAUCAUUUCUCUCAGUUUUUGUUCCUUAACUGGACCAACUGCUUCCAUUCACAGGCCAGAAAUAGCGAGAGACAACUUGAAGGCCAGCCAGAGUCCCAUAUCUUACAAAGGCCUUGAUUUCGCAGCCACAGAAACCACAAGGCCUUCACUUCUCUUGUUCUGGACCACUUGGACAGUGUCAAGCAUGGGAUUAAAACUGGACGAUAGAGAACACGGAUGGGAAAGACUGACGGAACAAGAGGGUGGGUGCUUAGCCUGCAUACGAAGGGAAAGAAGGAAGCUGAAUACAGGAAAAUGAUGACGUGGACAGAGAGCGCUAGAUUGACCUGCACAGAUCCAAUGGACAUUUCAAGGACUGUCGACAUGUGACGCACUUAUCUGUCUCACUGCUAAAUUGGUGGGAACCUGUGAGACGGUUGGAUGAAUGAGGCAAUAUUAGAGUGAAUGACACUGAAUAAAUGCAUGUCUGAAACAGGAGGACGACAAGGAAAUGUAUGUUGUGCGUGUAUGUGUUUAUGUGUGGGUGAAGCUGGAUCACAAGGGACCCUGAAAAGGGACUGCGCGGUCCCUGCCCGAACCCGUGACAACUCAUCGCAGGGACUGAAGCUUUAAGAACUGGAAUGUAUAAAAACUAAGCUGCACCAAAAUCAGCCGACUGAUCACCGCAAACCAAACUAAUGGCAACCAAAGACAACCGGAGACCAUCUUUAUGGUUUCUCCUCAUGCCGUGCCUUCCCAGAGGACACUCCACCCCCCAGCUUUGAGGUGCAGAGGGUGAAGAGUGCAGGGGCAAGCCCAGUUGGGAGGGUGCCUUCUCUAAUAGCAUUGCUAUAGAAACGACCCAGGGGAUGAUGCUCAUGGGCGAUACCGUGGAUACAGAGUGCUGCUACCAGAACAUUCAGUGGAACAAACCAAAGUCUCAUGCAUACACACAGGAGAAAAAUAUUAAAGGGAACAAUUUAUUGAAAGGUAUAUAUAUACUGUAUGUAUAUUAUAUAUAUAAAAGAAGACAGAAACCCUAAAUAAGCAAUCUUACUAUGAUGGUUACUAUAAUUAUUACGAUAAAAUUAUUUCAUUUAUUUAUUUCAGCUCUGUGUGCAGCAGUCUUUCUUGACUCAGUAAAC